AUGGGAGACAAACUCUCCUGGAGAACAUCGGGCUACGAAAGGGCACUUAUUCAGGCAUCUUCCAGCUAUUCUGGCCCGAUGCAACUCAAAUAUGCCACCGGCACGGCGUCUUCGCCCCAGGUUAUGAUCGGGCAUAAAGGUCGCUGCCUCCAUUUCAGUCAAGAUGGCAUUGCGCAACUGGCGUUGGAAUCGUACUGCCAGCCUAUCUCCGCAACAAUUGUCCGCCCUGUUCAGUGGCGAGAUGUUGCAGGAAAGGAAGAAUGCCCUUCAAGUUUGUUAAAGGGAUUUGUGAAGAAAGUCGGGGAUGAUAUGAAGAACAGCAACAAUAUCCAUGCGACAGACUGGAUAGAUACCGCUUGGUAA